CAAGGGGGGUGGCUGAUGCCACUCUGGCUAUGCUUGUGGACAGCAGGAGGCUGCCUGGGACAGGUGUAUAAGCUCAGCCUGGCAGUGGACGAAGGCUUGCCGGCAGAUACUCUGGUGGGGGACAUCAGCGCCGGGCUUCAGCCAGGCCGGGCGCACCCGGGCGGCUUCUUUCUCUCCGAAGGAAGCGGCGAGUCAGCAGUGCUGGCGGAUUUCCACGUGCAGACCGACACUGGCAUCAUCCGCACGGCCCGGCCGCUGGACCGCGAGCGCCGGGCGCACUACAGCUUCGUGGCGGCCACGCUGCAGGGCGAAAUGGUGCAGGUGGAGAUCACGGUGGCGGACGUGAACGACCACGCGCCUCGCUUCCCCCGCGCCUCGGUGUGCCUGGCCAUCUCCGAGCUCAGCCCGCCCGGCAGCGUCUUCCGCCUGCCGGCAGCCCGCGACCCGGACGCCGGCAGCUUCGGCACUCAGGGCUACUCCUUGCUGCCGGGGGGGGAGGAGGAGGCCGGAGAAGAGGGGCCCUGGUUCCAGCUGCGCUACGGGGUCCCCCCCGACACGCUGGAUUUGGCGCUCCUGCGAAGACUCGACCGGGAGCGAGCGGACACCUACCGGCUCGUGGUGGAGGCGUGGGACGGCGGGAGCCCCCGGCGCAGCGGCCGCCUGCGGGUGGAGAUCCAGGUGCUGGACGAGAACGACAACGCGCCGGCCUUCGAGCAGAGCGAGUACCGCGCCCGCGUGCCGGAGGACGCCCCGGCUGGCAGCGCCGUGUGCCGCCUGCUGGCCACCGACCCGGACUUGGGCGUCAACGGCCAGGUCCGCUACAGCCUCAGCCGCCGCCAGGGCGACCCGUCGGCCGCCUCCUUCUUCGAGGUGGACGAGCGCACCGGCUUGCUCCGCCUGCUGCGGCCGCUGGACCGCGAGGCCCGCCCGCUCCACCGCCUGGCCGUGGAGGCCCGCGACGGCGGCGCCCAGCCCGAAGUGGCCACCGCGCUGGUCGCCGUCGAGGUGCUGGACGUGAACGACAACAGGCCGGCCAUCCACCUGCUCUACCUCACCGAGGCCGGCGCCAGCGUCUCCGAGGGAGCCCGGCCCGGCGACUACGUGGCCCGCGUGUCCGUGUCGGACGCCGACGAAGCCGAGGGCGGCGUGGCGUUGAGCCUGCAGGGCGGCGACGGCGCCUUCUCCCUGCGGCCCUCGGGCGACGACGUCUUUUUCCUGUGCGUGGAGGGCGCCUUGGACAGGGAGAGCCGCGACGCUUACGAGCUCCGCCUGCUGGCCGUCGACUCGGGCUCCCCGCCCCUCUCCUCGCAGCGGGCCCUGCUGCUCCGCGUGGCCGACCUUAACGACCAGGCGCCCGCCUUCGCGCAACCUCACUACAGCGCCGCGGUCUCGGAAGCCGCCUCGCCUGGCACUCUGGUGCUCCGCCUCAGCGCCUCGGACGCCGACGAGGCCGACUCGCGCAACGCCCAAGUGCGCUACAGCCUGGCCCCCCAGCAGGCGCCGGCCGCGCUCUUCCGCCUCGACCCGCUCAGCGGCGUCCUCAGCGUGCGGGGAGGCCUCGACCACGAGCGCCAGGCCAGGCUGGAGCUGCUGGUGUGGGCCCGGGACUUGGGCGAGCCGCCUCUCUCCGCCUCGUGCCAGGUGAGCGUCAGCGUGGAGGAUGCCAACGACAACGAGCCCGUCUUCCAGCAGCAGGUCUACAACGCCAGCGUGGCCGAGCACUCCAAGCCUGGCCUUUGUCUUUUGCAGGUCAAGGCAACCGACAGAGAUUCAGGCCAUUUUGGUCUUAUCGAGUAUUUUCUGUAUAAUGGAUUCCAUAACUAUGAAAAAUCAAAAGCAUUCCAGAUAGACCCAAGCAGUGGCUACAUAUGCGUGUCUCAGGACAUUGACAGGGAAGAAGAUCUUUCUACUUAUGACCUUUUAGUGAAAGCUACGGAUGGGGGUGGGCUAAGCGCCCAAGCUUUUCUUCGCAUUGAGAUAGAAGACAUUAAUGAUAAUCACCCUGUCUUCAACCCAGAAACUUACAUGACAAGCAUCAGCAAUCAUAUGCAGCCAGGAACUGAAGUCAUUAAUGUUGUUGCUACAGACAAGGAUUCUGGGAUAUAUGGAGCUGUAACUUAUGAACUGGUACCAGGUGACUUCUCUUCCCUGUUCACAGUGGAUACAACAACAGGAAUUAUUUAUCUGAUAUCAGCUCUCAGUAAUGUGGAACAUAGCAGUGUACUGCUGGCUGUCUCUGCCCGAGAUGGAGGUGGUCUUUGUUCAGUUGUUAAUGCAGUUGUGACUGUGAGGAUCCUCCAGACUGCCAUGGCUCCUGCUGUAUUUGAGCGAUCACGCUAUACAUUUUCCAUCCCUGAAGAUAUCCCUGAAGGCAGUGCUGUAGGAACAGUCAAAGCAAGGGAGCCUUUGAAUUUCUUGGAAACAAUUUCAUACAGAAUUUCUUCGGGCGAUCCCUAUGGAAGAUUCUCCAUUGACCCUCAGUAUGGCAUUAUCCGCACCAAAAAAUUCCUUGACCAUGAAACCGAUUGCCACACAGUUCUUACAGUGCAAUCACAGCUGGGAAGCUUCCCUGUCUACAGCAAUGCGCAGGUCAACAUAACUGUGAUAGAUGUCAAUGACAACCCUCCGGUGUUUGUUAUGGAAUCUGAUAUUAUACAUAUAUCACAUAGCACAAUAUCUGGCACAGCUCUGUACUUAGCUCAUGCAGAAGACAAAGACAGUGGGCUAAACGGAAUGAUCAGAUACACAAUUGUGAGCAAUCAAUCAGGUAUUUUUACCAUUGAUCCGGUUCUUGGAGUGCUGUAUCUUGCCAAGUCUCUGGAUACCAAUAAGCCGAAAGAGUACACAAUACGCAUUGCAGCUGAAGAUCAUGGAAGUCCUCCUUUGAGUUCUUUGAUGGUCCUGACUGUGAUUGUUGAUGAACAGAAGGCACGCCCCACCUUGAGUUUUGAAAAUUUGGUCUAUCACGUGGAUGUCAGAGAGACAUGUUCCAUAGGUGCCAUAAUUCUUCAAAUACAAGCCCAGACAUUAGAUCCACAAUAUACCCCUGGGGCAUUUGUGUAUUCUUUAGAGCAUAACACAGAUUCUGCUUUGUUUAGAAUUGACCCCAAAACAGGAAACAUUUACCUACGAAAUGCCUUAGACUAUGAACUAACUCAGUCACACAGUUUUAGAGCUUAUGUUACUAGCCCAAUGGAUAAGCCAGGGCAAAAUGCAAGUACAUCAGUAAUUGUUAGCGUCGUUGAUGAAAAUGACAAUUCUCCUGUGUUCAUGCGUGAUGUCUAUUUUUUUGAAAUUGAAGAAAGUUCAUUACCCCAAGGUGUGGUUGGCAUACUCACAGCAGUUGACAAGGACUCUGGGAGAAACGGACAGCUCUCCUAUUUCCUCUUAUCUGGUGGCAAAUAUUUCAAGAUCAAUUCCAACACAGGUGAAAUUAUAAACUGGGUAGCAUUAGACUACGAGCAACAAGCUCACCACCAACUUGUUGUACUCGUGACUGACCAUGGUGCUCCUCAACUUAAUGCCACAGUAGCGGCCUAUAUUUCAGUUACUGACCUUAAUGAUAACCAUCCCUGCUUCCCUCAGUUUUCUGCCGGAACAGAGUUCAGCAUCAAGGUACUGGAAGGGCAACCAGCAGGAACACUAGUUGCCACCAUACAUGCCAGGGAUCUUGAUUCCGGAAACAAUGGGAUGGUGUCAUAUUCAUUGUCAUCAGGAGAAAGUUUAGGUCACUUUCAGAUUGACAGCAGUAGUGGUGAGUUAAGAACUACUGAAUCUCUUUUAUAUAAUUGGAAGUCAACCUACAGAAUGGUAGUCACUGCAGCUGAUCAGGGAAUCCCUUCGCUUCAAGGACAAUUGGACAUCAAUGUUGAGGUGAUUCCACUUCCUAAAGCAAGUUCUGCUUCUUUCCAAAACAUCAGACAUUUUGUCAUACCAGAAAAUUUUAGGCCUGCACAGACACUGGGCUCUCUAAGACGUCCUGGUCAACAUCUGUAUACCAGUGAAAAGCAGCGUUAUAGCAUUUCUGAAGAAGACUCUGAUGUUCCAUUUGAAGUCGACAGCUCCUGUGGGGAUCUUCUUCUUUCCAAAGAAAUAGAUUAUGAAGCAGCAUCUCGCUACUUCUUCAGAGUGGUUGUAAAUGAUGAUCAAAACAGUCUUCCACAAAACAGUACUAUUUUUGUCAGUAUUGAUAUUGAAGAUCAAAAUGACCACUCACCUUCUUUCCAGAAUGACUUUAUUGUUAUUGGUGUAGAGGAAAACGUGCCUGUUGGCACUUUGGUAUAUACAUUUAACGCAAGAGAUGGGGACGGCAGUUUUCUGAACAGCAACGUACGAUAUUCUUUACACAGGAAUAACUUCAGUGAAAAUCCAUUUCUCAUCCAUCCUUUUUAUGGUAGCUUAAUCACAGACAUCCCCCUAGACCGUGAGAUGGUGCAAUCUGUUAUCCUGACAGUUGUGGCAGCUGAUCAAGCUGUAAACUUUACUGACCGCAGACAAGAUUCACUGACUGCCAAAAUAAUCAUUUUGGAUGUCAAUGACAACCACCCUACCUUUCUUUCAUCACCUCUCUCCUACAUCAGAGAAGAUGCAGAGAUAGGCUCCCCAGUACACUCCAUAGUUGCUCAUGAUCCAGACCAAGGAAGGAAUGGACAGAUCACAUAUUAUCUUCUCUCGAGUAAUGAAGACCACAUGUUUUCACUGGACAGAUCUUCAGGACUGCUAACAAUCACUUUUGCUUUGGACUGUGAAAACCAAGAGUAUUACAACUUGACCAUUGUGGCUGUGGAUGGUGGCACUCCAGCACUGUCUGCAACUCAAAUUCUGACGAUAAUUGUUCUUGAUGUAAAUGAUGAGCCACCAGUGUUUACAAAAAAUCAAUAUCAGGCUUCCAUCUAUGAAAAUAAAGAUCCAGGAGAAGUUGUCAUUAAAAUGAAAGCUACAGAUAAAGAUUCAGGAACCAAUUCUCUGCUUCAGUAUGAAAUUCUUCCGGGACCUGGGCAUGGGAUUUUUCAGAUAAACUCUGAUACCGGUGAGAUUACAUCAGCCAUUUCACUUGAUAGGGAGACACAAGAUACCUUCACUAUUAAAGUGCUGGCUCGAGACAGUGGAAGCCCUGUUUUAUUCAGCACAGCAUCAGUUGUCAUCAGAAUACUGGAUGAAAAUGACCAUUCUCCGAAGUUCCUCCUUCCUGCUUCUGAGAUCCAGAUUCUGGAGAAUCAAGACCCUUCAGUAAUAUCAUCUAUACUGGCUGUGGAUAUGGAUGCUACCAAUAAUGGAGCUGUGCGAUGUCACAUCAUUGAUGGAAAUGUUAGGGGAUACUUUGCUUUGAAUGAAACUUCUGGAGCCCUCUCCACCACUUGUGCCUUGGACAGAGAAACUGUCAGCAACUUUACUCUCAUCAUUGAGUGCUUUGACUUGGGCAAUCCACAGAAAAGUUCCAUGACCCACGUACAGCUCACCGUCCUUGAUGAAAAUGACAACAGUCCUUUGUUUUCAAGGAACCACUAUCAAACCUCUGUGAGAGAAGACUUUGGAGAAGGAUCAGCAGUUCUUGAACUGCAAGCUGUUGAUGGAGAUGAGGGCCCAAAUGGAGAGGUUCGAUACUCUAUCAUGGAUGAUACCCUUGGAACAUUUACCAUUAACCGGAUUACUGGCACAGUAACUACGGCAAAACCACUGGACCGGGAGAAAAAAUCUCACUAUAUAUUCAGAGUGGUGGCAACUGACUCAGGAAUCCUGGGACCAAGAAGCAGCAGUGUUACUGUCACUGUGCUAAUUGAGGAUGUCAAUGAUAAUAGCCCUUUUUUCCUACAGAAUCCUGUCAAAGCUUCUGUGCCUUUUCAGACAUCUGUGAAUCAGACCAUAGCUACUGUGAAGGCCAGUGACCUAGACUUAGGUUUGAAUGGUGCUGUGAAUUUUAUGUUUGAAACACCAGAAACCAUGCUUCAGGUGGACCCAAAUACAGGUGAAAUCUUUCUUCAAGAACCUAUACCUCAUGAGGGUUUUGUUACCUACCUCCUCAUAUUGGCCUCUGAUCAAGGAGUUCCAGCUAGAACAGCUACUGCUGUUUUGGCCAUCACUUCUGAAACAUUAACAGAGACUAUUUCACUCUGUCACAGUCAGUAUGAAGUAACCAUGCCUGAAAACACUGAAAAAGGCACUUCUGUUUUCACCCUUCCUGCUUAUGACCAUGGCUUGCUGGGAAAGAAUUUAAAGUACACCCUCAUCAGUGAGCAUGAAGACAUUUUCUCCAUCCAUCCCAUCACGGGUGUAAUCACAGUAGAGAAACCAGAAUUUCUUGACUAUGAAGUCAGGCAAAAGUUACAUUUUACAAUCGUAGCUGACAAUGGCCUGAGCUCAGUGCUGUGUGGAAUGACAGUAUUGAUAGAAGACAUGAAUGAUAAUGCACCUCAAUUUCAACAAAGCUGUUUCACAGCAUCAGUGUGGGAAGGCCAACUCUACAGCACAUACAUCAUGCAGAUCUAUGCAACAGACCCUGACAGUGGAAUAAAUGGAGAACUUAAAUAUUCAAUUUUUUCUGGCAACACAAAUGAAGCAUUUCUCAUUGAUUCAGCACAAGGAAUUAUAUCAGCCAACAUAGUCCUUGAUCGGGAAGGCAUUUCAUCAUACAGGUUGGUUUUACAAGCUGCUGAUGGGGGAGCUCCCAGGCUAUCAGCUACGAGCACAAUAGAAAUACAAGUAGUGGAUGUCAAUGAUAAUGUUCCAACUCUCCAGCCACUAGGCACAGUGGAACUCCCUGAAAAUACUCCACUUGGCUUCUUUGUGAUUCAAGUACUGGCAGAUGAUAUGGACCUGGGCCCACCUCUUCACUACAGUUUUGCUGAGGGUGGUAAUCCUGGAAGGAAAUUUGCCAUUGACAAGUACAAGGGAAUAAUCACAUUGGUGCAGGCAUUAGACUUUGAAGAAAUUGCUCAGCUUGAACUGUUGAUCAGAGUUUCAGAUUCUGUGCAUCAAACCACAGAAAAACUUUUAGUCCUUAUAUCUGAUAUAAAUGAUAAUCCACCAGUAUUUACUCAGGAUGCAUAUCAGGUGGUGAUACCAGAACUCACAGCUAUAAAUGAUUCUCUCUUAACUGUGUGUGCCACAGACAGAGAUUCAGGGAAUAAUGGAAAGAUAUCCUACAGAAUUCUCUCAUCCUCUGAUGCAUUUUCUGUUGAUCCAAAAAAUGGAUCCCUAUUUUUGACUAAGCCAGUGAUGUACCAGGACAAAAAUCCAAUUAUUCAACUCCUAGUGGAAGCAAUUGACCAUGGAAAUCCUCCUUUGACUGCGGUUACUUCAGUGAUUGUACAUAUACAGGAUGUGAAUAAUUAUGCUCCUCAGUUUACAAUGGCAGCAUAUAAUCUCAGUGUAAGAGAAAAUCUGUCAAUUGGAGAAAAACUGCUCACAUUUUCUGCUCUUGAUAAUGACAUGACACAUGAAAAUAGCUACAUUGAAUAUUCCAUUAUUGGUGGUAAUGGGAGUAACAAAUUUCUUGUGGAAAUGUUUGUCAUUGGACCACAAUCUCCAAAUAAAGUGGUUGGGAAUCUUGUGUUGAGAAGCCUUCUAGACAGAGAGAAAAUGUCAUUUUACCAAUUAUUAAUUCUUGCAUCUGACCGUGGAACUCCUCUUCUAAACUCCACAGCUACUGUAUCCAUCACAGUUUUAGAUGUUAAUGACAAUCCACCUAUAUUUACCAGCUUGGAAUACCAUGUUCAUGUUAGAGAAAAUACCCCAGUAGGAAGUCAUAUUACUGUGGUUUCAGCAAGUGAUUAUGAUGCUGGAUCUAAUGCAGAGGUCACUUACAGUAUUGCCUCUGGAAAUGAAAAGGAACAUUUUCGAUUAGAUGGGAAAACUGGCUCCCUUGAUCUGGUCCAACCUCUAGAUUAUGAAGAAACAGUGACAUUCAGUUUGACUAUUCAAGCCUCUGAUGGAGGAGCUGGUCUAAAAAAUAUGGCUUUUGCUACUGUUUUUGUCAAUGUUCUUGAUGAUAAUGAUUAUGCACCAGUAUUUGUGCUCCCCAACCUGGAUUGCAGAGUACAUGAAAAUCUGCCCCCUUUUUCUUUUGUAUGCACAAUUUCUGCACUAGAUUUUGAUACUGGCCCCUAUGGUCAUCUUUCUUAUGCCAUCCAAUCAUCAUGUUUGUCUGGCCAUGGAACUUCUGUUGAUGAUGACAUGUUUCUCAUAGAUCCUCUGACUGGGGCUGUCUGUACUAAACAAGUCCUUGACUUUGAACAUCAGAAUAAAUAUUGUUUUGUAGCUCAGGCAAGAGACAAGAGUGAUGCCACAGCAACUGUUACAGUUCGGGUGACAGUUGAAGGAACAGAUGAAUUUGACCCAGUUUUUAGCCAUGACCAAUAUUUUUUCAGUUUUCCUGAAAGGAAUGAAGCAGGGCAGCUGGUCGGCAGAGUGUCAGCAUCAGAUUAUGACAGAGGAUUGGACGGUGUUGUUCAUUACAGUCUGCUAACAGCAUCCCCUUUCUUUUCUGUGAACCAAAGCAAUGGGGCUGUCUAUUUGACUAAAUCUUUUCACAGGAAAAGGAGCAGCAUAAAGAGAAAAGAAGGCACCCUUGAACUGCUUAUAAAAGCUCAUAGCCCCAAACUGGACUCUAAAUUUAGCAUAUGCACAGUUCUGGUGAACAUUUCUGAUACUCCAGAGAGCUCUUCCCUGUUGGCACCACACACCUUGACCAUUGGUAUUGCUGCCUUUACUGUACUGUUCCUGUUUCUUGUCAUCAGCUUUGCCAUGCUUAUUGUGAGAUACAGACAAAAAGAUGCAGUGAACUCCUGUGAGAAAAAAGAGAUCCCAUGCUGUUCAGCAACAGAUUUGAAUGCAGAUAAUGAAAGCAGUGCCCCUGAAGCUGCUCAGAAUACUCCAAUUCCUGCAGCAAGUACCCUUCCCAUGAGCUCCAUAGCUGAAUGGCUAAGUUUGGUAGGCAUUAGAGAAAAGAAGGAUAUGGCCAAUCCAUGCAGGCAUUCAGACUCCAGUGGCCAUGGUUCUGCAGAAGGCGAAACAGCAGAAGAUGAGGAAAUACAGAGGAUUAAUGAGCAUCCUUGCAGAAAGAGUUCUGGCUCAGCUUUAAGUGACCGAGGCUCACGGAUACCAGACUCAGGAAUUCCCAGGGACUCUGAUCAGCUUUCAUGUCAGUCUGGAGAGACAGAUGUGGUUGCUGUGAGUCAAAGUGCAGAGACUAUUCCACUCUUCAGAGAUGGAAGUGGAGGAGAGGAAAUAAAUUGCAACACAAGGUAUACUAGCAAUAACAUGUCAUUACUUCAGAACAUGAGGAUAAAGGAAAUGGACGUCAUGACAGACAUCACACGAGAUUGUAGCUUUAUACUUGAUCGCCAGAACUCCCAUUAUGGAUCUCUUGCUACACUAGUAGACUCUGAUGAGGAUCUUAGAGGUAGUUAUAACUGGGAUUACUUGCUGAAUUGGGAACCCAGUUUUAAACCUCUUGCAUCUGUGUUCAGUGAUAUUGCAGAACUGACAGACGAAAGCAUGAAAACAUACAGCUUACCUAAGAAGAAAUCUUUCAUUUUCCCCCCUCCCUUGAUUACUUCUGUAGCCCAGCCUGGUUUAAAGACAGUCCCCCCACGAAUGCCAACUCUACUGCCUGGUCAGGUGUUUAAAAACUGUCCCCACUCACCCCUCCUCCAUAAUCUAAGAUAUCCUCCAUCAGCCAUGACUCCAAGUUUUUCUCCUUCUCUAUCCCUGCUUACAGUGCAGACCCCUGUGGCAUCCCCACUGACUUCACACCCUAGCCUCAAGGGGAUGUGCCUAAGUCGGCUAACAUGUGAACUUUCAACAGAAGAAGAAAUUCAAGUGUAGGUUUUUCAUUGGUACACAACAUUAGUUGAACAUUUGGCAAAAAGUGUUUGCCAUGCUUUUUAAUGAGCACAGCAUGCCUUGUCUAUGUAUGUAAAUAUUUUUAUUUUUAUGAUCUAAAAAGGAUUAUUUAGCUAAAUGUUCUACCUGUCUAGCUUCACAUUUUACCAUUUGUUUAUUACCUUUGUGGUAUUCUUUUUUGAAAUGCUCGGAUUUCUACUGCGAAAAAGUAAAUUCUGCAUGCUCUUCUCACCAAGGGGAAUCCCAGCUGAGGGAUAAAAAACUUUCACAUUUAUGCUUGCUCUUAAAAAACUGGUGAAUUGAGUGGUGGUGGUAGUGUUGGUGGAAUUUGUUGGAUGCCCAUGGUCUCCAGGGAGCCAGUAGUUGACACAUAUGGCUGGUUGCUGCCCUUCAGGCAAGUAUAAUGAUAUUUUAUCUCCUCCGCUAAACUACUCCUGUCCUUUUGGUUAAGCACACUUCAGCUGGAGCAAAACCGAGCCGUUACAUUAUAUUCAAUGCAUGCAGAAUCAUAGACAGGCACACAUUUUUGUGUGGUACACAUUCAUUGUAUCAGAUCAGCGUAUAUAGGCCAGUACUUUUUAGAUUUUCUUUUGCUUUGAUGUAUACAUAAACACCUUUGCACCUUUUUUUCUUGAUAGGAGUGAAUAUUAAACCAAACAAGCCUAAUGGGGAACAUUAAUUUAUGAACUGUAUAUUUGCUUAAUAUGUAUGCAUAUAACAAAAUAUAACCAAAAUGUAUGGUCAUGACAAUAACUGAUAUAAUUGCUUAACUAAGUAAUGUAACAGUUUUUGAAAUAUAAUUUUUAUAUAUUUUU